ACUAGGAGAGCUAACAUGGGGAAAUUAGUACUAUAUGGUUUUGACGAUAGUCCUCCUUUUAGGGCAGUAAAGCUUACGUUAGCCGCCCUCGAAGUUCCCUAUGAACUCGUAGAGGUCAACACCAGGAACAAGGAGCAUUUUACACCUGAAUACCUGAAGAAGAACCCCCAGCACACGGUUCCCACCCUAGAGGACGAUGGCCACUACAUUUGGGACUCGCACGCCAUCAUCACCUACCUGGUGUCCAAGUACGGCAAGAACGACAGCCUGUAUCCCAAGGAUCUGCUCCAACGAGCUGUCGUGGAUCAGCGCCUGCACUUCGAAUCGGGUGUGGUGUUCGCCAGUGGGAUUAGGAGCCUGGUCAGGCCAGUUGUGGCUGGAAACCUUGUAAUUCCCAGGGAACGCUAUGAUGCCAUUAUCGAGGUUUAUGAUUUCUUGGAGGGCUUUCUCAGCGGGCAGGACUACGUGGCCGGAAAUCAAUUGACAAUUGCAGAUUUCAGUCUCAUCUCAUCCAUCACCACUCUGGAGGUCUUUGUAAAGGUGAAUCCAGUGAAGUACUCCAAGAUCACUGCCUGGAUUAAGAGACUGGAAGCGCUUCCCUACUACGAGGAGGCCAAUGGCAUUGGAGCCCGAAAGUUUGCAGCAUUCUUUCAAAAGAUUAAUUAUACCUUUGCCACUUAA